UACAUUGUACUUUACUUCAAGGGAAGGAUACAUUAAAAGAAAUUCAGAAAAUCAGGAAUUUUCUAAACUUCCUGAAAAAAAAGAGAAAAAGAAAUGGCUACUGAUGACGGUGCAUCAACAACAUUUGACUCAGAUGAAGUUAAGGAAAUGUACUGUGAAGAAUGUGAAAAACAUGGUGAUGGCUAUACACCCGCUGUAGCCUUCUGUGUGGAUUGUGUGGAAUAUAAAUGUGUGACCUGUCAAAAAUAUCAUAAGAGACAAUCGAAAACUCACAAAAUUCAAGACAGUGACAGUAUGCCACAAGAUUUCUAUUUUGAGAAGUGUUCCACUCAUCCUCAACAGCUGAUCAAGUUUUACUGCUCUGAGUGUAGCAAAGAGGCCUGUCAAGAGUGUAAGGAUACUGAGCAUGAUAAAUGUAGUGAUGUGAACCAUUUACCAACCCUUGCUUCAGGCAUACAAAAAAGUGAUGACUUAAAAGACCUUCAACAGAACUUGGAUCGAUUGUCGGAGGAAAUAAAAGACACGGAAAAGCUGUUGAAAGCUAAAAGUGAAGUGGUUGAUAAACAAGAAGAAAAGGCAACUGAAAUAUGUAAGGAGCACGCAGAUAAACUAAUUGAAACCUACAUACAACAGCAUCAAGAUCUUAUUGAUGACUUUGAUAAAAAGAUGGAAGAGACCAUUGCAAGGUUGAAGAAAGAAAGGCUAGAACUAGUUCAAGUUUUGUCUGAAAAGGAGAGAAUGUUUAAAAACAAGAUAACAAAAGCUGAAACAGUUAUGAAAGAUGAAGUUGUUGGCACAAACACAGAAUUUAAGGUAAUCAAGUCAGAACAUUUAAAUCUGGUUGGAAAUUUGAAGGUUCUUACUGCUGAUCUAGAACAGGCCCAAAAAUUAGGUCAAAACAGUAAACUUUUUAUCAAAUUGAAGUCUACAAAACAACUGUGUGAAAACCUUCAUCGAAAUAUUGAACAAAUACAACAAGUCAGCAUACAGCACUACAAAUUCAAAACAUUGAACAUCCAACCAACAGAACAAGCUCUAGAGAGUGUUACGAGACUUUUCACUUUUAAAAAUGUAUCAGCUAUAGAAAGAAGAGUUGUCUUUAAUUUUGAUAUCAACUCUCACAUUGACUUCAUAUCCUCUUCACUUGUCUUAUCUGAACAAACACUUCUAACAUUAGAUUGGAAUAAGUGUAGCCUAGCCAUACACAAACUAGGAAUAUCAUAUGCAAAUUGUAUGAAUGAUACAAAAUUUGAUUCAAGUCCAUGCGAUAUUACAAAAGUUUCAGAUUAUAAAGUUGCUGUAACAUUUCCAAAUGAAAAAAUGAUCAGAAUGAUAACAUUUUCAGAAGAUAUGAAAGGUUUAGAUAUCACUGAUAUACCAGUAAAUGGUAAUUGUACUGGUAUUGCCUAUAGGAAUCCCUAUCUUGUAGUUUCAUAUUGGAAUCCAGCUAGUGUUAAGAUUCUAAGUAUGUCAGGUGAAGUAGUGAAAACAUUUGACAAAGAUGAUAAUGGUAAGAAGCUGUUUAUUGAACCUUGGGGCUUGAUUGUCAGUCCUGACAAUACAAUGACAUAUGUUUCUGAUGUAGACAAACACACUGUGACCUGUUUAACUUUUGAUGGUAAAGUGAAGGCUGUCUACAAGGAUGAUCAAUUGAGAACACCUCGUCAGCUUGCUGUUGAUGAAUACGGAUCAGUAUAUGUGUGUGGUUUAGACUCUGAAAAUAUCCAUCAAUUAUCAAGUGACCUCACUAAAGUGAAGAUUUUGGUAGAUAAAAGUCAUGGAUUAGAUAAACCAAUGAGUGUUGCCUACUGCCCAAAUACCAAAAGAUUAUUUGUUGGAAUGCGAAACAAAAUCAAAGUAUUCCAUGUGUCACUAGAAUAAACAAUAACAAAUCUUACACAGAGACUCAUCAACAAGCAGUCAUCCUACUGCACAUGUUGCAGUAGAAUAAGGGUGGUAAUCUUAAACACUUGACUUAAAUAUAGCACAUGUAAUCUUAGUUUAUACAGAAUUUAUUUUAGCUUGAUUGUGAAGGAAGCUAUAAGCUUAUAUACACACUCUGGAUUCUUGCAUCUAUUCCUGAAACCAACCAGUGAUGAGUAACAAAUUAUAAAGUUUCUUGCUUAAGGAAACAAAGGCUUGCCACUGACAGGAGUUAAAACCCAUGAGGCCAGCAAUCCUUGGAUUACUAAUUCAACAUGAUAACUACUUACUCAAAUGGCAACGUGGAACCUUGAAAUACAAUAUUCAACAGAAGUAUAAUAUUAAGGUUAAAUUUGUUUGUUUGUUUGUUUGGGUUUAACAGUGACACUGACACAUUACUGGUCAUACCAUGCCGUUUUUGUUAGGUGUAAUUUACCGGUAUCAUGUUAUGUGUAAAUUUACUAUGUAUACAUUUUACUGUAUAAACUGAUUAUAAAUACUUGAUUAAUGAAUAAAAUGUUUGAUAAGCUUAAAUUUUUUUAGACUUAUAAAGCAGACAUAUUUAUUUAAGAAAACAAGUGUCUUAAAAUGAAUUUUAAACAAUAGUAUACAAGAACAAGAUUUAAUUUCUAGAACUGAUUCCCAAAUACAAUUACCACAUACAGGCAAAAAUAUGAAAUGGAAAGUGACCAAAGCAUUUUGUUCAAUUCACAAAGGGCCAAAUCCAUGCAACAGAUAUGGGUCUUGGAAAGUGAUCUUGAAUUUAAAUUUCCAACUAGAAAUGUGUCUAAACAACACGUAUAUCCCAACUAUAUAUGUUAG